CGACCCGGAUCGGAACUUUAACUCGCUGAUUAGUUUCUACCAGAAACAUCGAGGGCUCCCGAAAUAUGAUGUAAUAUCGAUUUAAACAUGUGUGUACAUAGGUUUAUGAAAGAUACCCCACCUUGGCUGUGAGUUUGUCCGCACACCGGGAGGUCUACAUAUUUACCGAUCACACCGAGCACCCAGGAUCAGGACCCGGCAGUCCCAGGUGGUUUGUGGUCUACAGCGGGCUGGUGAGCCUCUACCGGCGGCAGGAUGACGUGCCGUGACCGGACACUCGAGUUCCAGUCAGCCUGUAAAUCUCUCCAGGGCAGACCGAAUGGAGUUCAGCCCAGUAAACCAACUCUCAGCGCCCUCAGGCAGCGCAGUGACUUUACAGUUAUGGCCAAGAGAAUUGGAAAAGACUUGAGCAAUACAUUUGCCAAAUUGGAAAAGCUCACUAUUUUGGCAAAAAGAAAAUCUUUAUUCGACGACAAGGCGGUGGAGAUCGAGGAGCUAACGUACAUCAUUAAACAAGACAUCAACAGUCUAAACAAACAGAUAGCACAGCUGCAGGACUUGGUGAGGUCCCGCGGAGCUCCGGGUGGCCGACACAUCCAGUCCCACUCCAACACUAUCGUGGUGUCACUACAGUCCAAACUGGCUUCAAUGUCCAAUGACUUUAAAUCAGUCCUAGAAGUCAGAACGGAGAACCUGAAGCAGCAGCGCAGCAGGAGAGAGCAGUUCUCCCAGCCCCCUGUCUCUUCUUCUCCUUUAAUGGCCAACAACUUCAGGAGCCGAAAAAAAGGGGCCCAGGAGCCGCAUGCAGCUCGCGAGCCGCGCAAUGGUUACCAGGGCAAUACAACCUCAAAUUUAAAAGAGAGCUCGGUCCUGAUGCAGGAUGAGUCCAGGAGUAUGGGGGAUGUAGCCAUCGAUAUGGACUCUCAAACCAAUCCUUUGCAACUCCAGCUUAUUGAUGAGCAGGACUCAUACAUCCAGAGCCGUGCAGACACCAUGCAGAACAUCGAGAGCACCAUCGUGGAACUGGGCUCUAUAUUCCAGCAGCUUGCACACAUGGUCAAGGAGCAAGAGGAGACCAUCCAGAGGAUUGACGCUAACGUGGAGGACACCCAGCUGAAUGUUGAGGCCGCCCACACAGAGAUCCUCAAAUACUUCCAGUCGGUCUCCUCCAACCGCUGGCUGAUGAUCAAGAUCUUUCUCGUCCUCGUUGUCUUCUUCAUCAUCUUUGUUGUCUUCUUCGCUUAAAGAAAAGAGGAGGGCAGAAGCACAUCGAAUGAGGUGAAGUAAAGUAAGCUAAAACUGAACUGAGACGACACGUCCAGUGAGGUAUUUGAAGGACGGACUUCUCUAUCAGAGGGACACUUUGACGGAGGCUUGGGAGCUGCGCAGAUUAAUAAAGACUUUUCCAUUCAUACAGACUUUCCAGUUGUUCCCAAGCCACAGACUCCUGAUCUUAAUUCUACAAUUCAGUGAAGAAUGAAGAUGUCGAACUCUGUCCAAAUGAAAGAAUAAAUUAUCUAAAAUCCCAACUUUGUAUAGAAAGCGAGCAAAAAACUGCUCGAUAUUGUACUUUGACCAAUUAUACAUAAACAUUUAAUCAAAAUGGCUAUAAUUUAAUGGUUUGAUUCUGCAAACUGUCUUUUUAAUUUUCUUCUUUACCCCAUGUCUGACAUUAUUGUUAUUAUUUCAAAGCCAAACAACAGAACUGGAGUUUAUUCUCAGAUAAUUUUGCUUGAUAGUUUACUUGCAUUUUUGAAGAGCAUGACUGUUUCCCUUGUUUAUCAACAAUUCUUCACUUUUUUUUUUUUUUUUUAUUCUGUCAUAUUGUGUUACGCUUUCAAAGUUUAUUUGCCAAAUGGGUACUCAAACAGAACUGUGACAGUGUGAAGAUACUCACUGUGGUCCAGCAUUUUGUGUCCUGCAGGCACAAGAAGUUUCAGACAGUUGAAGGGACUUUUGCUGGUGCAAUUUAGACACAAAUUGUGACGAAAAGUUAUACAAAAUUACUGUUUGAAAUGAAACUGUUUGGUUGCCAGCCAUUAGGUUUGAAUGGUUAAAUAAGUGUAAACCUUGCACAUUCAGUGGUGCAGAGAGACUUCAGUACGAGCUAAGAAUCUGAAUAUGAUUCCAGUAACAUGAUAUCAGUGCUUAUGAAGGGGUUAAACUGGUUGUGAACCCAUGACGCAAUCAGCCAGAUUCCCUGAAGUGUCUGGUUGGACGUCACUGUUGUAGUUUCUCCCUCUCAUAAUCUAACGGAUGCUUUUUAAGAAGAAAAGAAACCACCGUUCUUCUAUAUUUUUCCCUGUCUGUUCUUUUUUAGCCAAAUGCCUUGACUUCAGUGUAUAAAGUGCAAAUAGUGAUAAUGAUAUAAGAAAGUGCAUAUUAAUAAAAUGAUAAUGGGGUGCUGGCA